GGUGCUCUGCGGGACCCCGGGCUUCCUGGCCCCUGAGGUGGUCUCCAGAAACGGGCACUCCUGCCAGUCGGACGUCUGGGCCCUGGGCUGCGUCAUGUACACGGUGCUGACGGGCGCCCCGCCCUUCGUGGCCGCUCCCCCGUCCGAGAUGUACCAGAACAUCCGCGCCGGCCGCUACCCGGAGCCCGCUCACCUGUCGCCCAACGCCCGGCGCCUCAUCGCCCGCCUCCUGGCGCCCGACCCCGCCCAGCGGCCCAGCCUGGACCACCUGCUGCAGGACGACUUCUUCACCCAGGUGCCUCCUGCGUGGGGCCCAGGCUCUGGCCACAAAGCCUGUGCCCCCUCAGGCCCCUUCACUCCCAAAGAGGCCUCGGACCCAGGAGGCCACAGGCCAGACCCUGACUCCGUGGAGGGGGGCAGCGAGCCCGAGGCCCCCGUCCACCUGACUGCACAUGGGACCCUCCGGAGUGACCCAGCAGGACCCCAGGGCAGCCCACAGCCGGAAGUGGAGGCUGCUAUCAGAAGGCUGCAGCUCUGCCUGGACGCUGGCCCCCCGGCCAAUCAGGACCCCCCAGGAGAGCAGUGGCCCACCCUCUGGGCCCCCAAGUGGGUGGAUUAUUCCAGCAAGUACGGCUUUGGCUACCUGCUCUCUGACGGGGGCAGUGGCGUCCUGCUCCGAGACGGCUCCCGUGGCCCUGAGACCCCCAGGAGGGAGGGGCCCCUGCCCGAGCCCGCCGCCCCCGCCGGCUCCGGACUCCGCCUGCUGCGCUUCCUGGCCUCCCAGCAGGCUUUGCUCCUGCUGUUCAGUGAUGGAACUGUACAGGUCAGCUUCCGUGGUGUCCAGGCCCAGCUGGUGCUGAGUGGCGAGGGUGAGGCCCUGCGGCUGGCCCUCUGGGAGCCCGGCUACGCCAAUGCCUCCCGCUCCCUGGACGUCCUUCGGAGCCACGGCUGCGCCCCGGCCACCCGCCAGCGCCUCCACCAUGCCCUCUGCAUGCUGCAGAGCAUCUAGUGCCCCCGAGGGUCAGAGUGGACCCCUGUACGAUGGAGCUGGGGACCCAGGCUCCGCUUCUGUUCCCGCCGCUCCCCCAGAGGGGCCAUCCUGGGUGUCCUGGGGCACGCGGGAGGCGCGGGGAUGCUCGUCCUUGCCUUGUGGCCUGACUGUUCAACCCACACUUUUGUUGGGCUUUGUCCCUUUUUCCAUUAAAGAAAACUCGAAACUGUC